UAUGAGAGCAGAUAAUGGGACUGGAUUUGCCGUUGUGCUAAGUGUCCGGGCUCUCUGCCCCGGCAUGGAUUCAGCCCCCUUGACAGCAAAGAAAGGCUCCUGUUUACUUAAAAGCUUGUGUUUACUGGGCUGGUAAAGCGUGUGCACGGAGAUCUGUGCCUUUCCUAACUGUGGAGUGAGUGCUUUAGCUCCUUGCCUCGCAUACACGUGUAAAAGAUAGCUCUCAUAGAUCAAACAAAAAUCACCCCUUAACUGUCCUCAGAACUACUUGCCUGUUCUUUGAGUACCUCUGUAGAAGUUUUCUACGUCGUGUUGUGGUUUUCAGGUUUUUUUUUUUUUAUUGUUAUCAUACAGACCUAGAAUUGGCAGCAUGUUUUAAAUAGCUUAUGAAUUAUGCAUGUCUAAACAGUAAGGUGAAGUUUAAGCUUUUUUUUUCUGCAGUGAUUGUUAUAACUGACCUGUCCACUGGAGCUUUUAAGAACUAAACUACUGCCAAAUAACUUGUAUAAAUUGCAAGCUUAGUAAAAGAUUUGGAUGGAGUCUCAGUAUCUGAAGCAAUGCCUGGGAGAUUGCUUGAAGAAAGGACUGGCAGAGGUUGUAGAGCAUCGGCCAGCAGAUCCAAUAGAGUAUCUUGCACACUGGAUUUACAAAUACAGAAGAAACUUAGAUGAAGAAGAAAAGAGAAUACUGGAGAGAGCUGAGCUGGAAGAAGAACGGGUGGCAGCCCAAGCAGAACUUGAAAGGUUAAAAAUCGAGGAAGAGCAGCAGAAACUGGAAGAGCAACGGCAGGCUGAGUUGGAGAAAGAACUUGCAGAGUUGGAAGCACAGAAAAAGGAAGCUGAAAGGAAGUUGCAGCAGGCAAUAGCUGAAGUUACAGAUGAACCUGAGGAGCUGGAUGAGAGUGAACAUGAUCAAACAGACCUCCCAACAGUAAUAGAAGAAGAAGAAGAGGAAGAAGAAGAAGAAGGAGAAGAAGAAAAUUAGAACUGACCUGAGAGCAGUAAAUAUAUUUUCUACUCAUUACGUGCUAUCCCGAAGUGUAGUAUCUUGAUUUAUGUAUUUUAUAAAUAUAACUGAUUUAUGUAACUGUUUCUCUGGUGUGUGUUUUCAAGGUCUUUGUAUAAAGUCUGUUAUUUCUGAUACCUAUUCUUCCUUUUUGUUCUUAAAGCAUUGUAAUUAGCAUGACUGAUUUAUAGGAAGAAAAUUGUAGCUGAAGUGAAAGCAACAAAUAUAUUUUCUACUUGUUGCAUAUUGAAGUAACCAUAAUAAAUAACAAUAUAACUAAAGUGUCAAUAUGAUUUGAGGAUAGAUGCUACAAUAUGAUAAUUUGAAUCAAUGUUAAAAGAAUAAAAUAUUACUGAAAAUUA